AUGGGUACCAUUCCCUCAUCUUUCAACUGUAUGACUUCAUUGAGAGUUUUGGAGUUAUCCAAAAACAAACUUGAGGGUAAAAUUUUCUCCGAAAAUUUCAAAUUACUAAAUUUGAGAGACUUAAAAUUAGAUGGAAAUAACUUCUCUGAAAGGAUCCCUGAUUUAUUGUCCAAGAGUCCUUUGUUAGCACUAGAUGUUAGCAACAACACACUUUCUGGAGGGAUCCCAAGGUGGAUGGGAAAUAUGUCUUCUUUACAGAGAAUUAUUCUGUCGAAUAAUCAUCUUGAAGGAUCAAUCCCUAUUGAGUUUUGUCAACUUGAUUUUCUUGUACUUGUUGACUUCUCGGUUAAUAAUAUCUUAGGGAGUAUACCAUCUUGUUUCAACCCUUCUCAAAUCAUACAGAGAGAACUUAAGUGGCAACAUUCCAAGUUGGAUUGGUGGACUUUCGAACUUGAGUUAUCUUCUGUUAAGCAUCAACAUCUUCCAAGGCGAGAUCCCAAUGGAGUUAUGCAAGUUGAAUCACUUGAGUGUAUUGAUCUUUCUCAUAACAAUCUUUCUGGUCAGAUUCCCCCUUGCCUGAAAAUUACAACCCUUGGGGAUUUAGACUUUGUAAAUGUCACUAUGACUGGUCCUAGCGAAUUCUUGUUGAGUGUACCGAUAGAUUUUUCAAUGAAAAAUGGGUACAACUCUUACAAGGGAAGAAUCAUAUCACUGGUGUCUGGAAUCGAUCUCUCUUGCAACAAACUGGUCGGUGAGAUUCCUCCUCAAAUUGGAAACUUGCACAAGAUACUUGGGUUGAAUCUAUCUCACAAUAGUUUGACAGGACCAAUACCACCAACAUUUGAUAAGCUCAGGAAAAUCGAAAGUGUAGAUCUUUCCUACAACAAAUUGAGUGGGAGUAUCCCUUCUCAACUUGUGGGGUUAAGUUUCAUGGUUGUUUUCAAUGUGUCGUUCAAUAACUUCUCUGAAGGACACCAUUAA